AUGAUAACAACCUUUUCACUUCACAAGAAUGAAUGGCUUUCUUCACUUUACGAAGAACGUCAUAGGUGGGUUCCUUGUUACUUGAGAAACAGUUUUUGGGCUGGCAUGUCAACAACUCAAAGAAGCGAGAGCAUGAAUGCAUUCUUUGAUGGAUAUAUUAACUCACGCACUACUCUUCAAGAAUUUGUUAAACAAUAUGACAAUGCACUACAACACAAGACAGAGAAAGAGACCCAAGCUGACUUCACAUCAUUAAACACAACUCUUCCAUGCGGUUCACAAUCACUCAUAGAGCGGCAAUUCCAAAAGCAUUACACACAUGCUAAGUUUACAGAAAUACAGUCAGAAUUUAGAGGUAAAAUUAAUUGUUUCGUUGAUGGCGUUGUGGUACAAGAUAAUUCGUCACUGUACAAGGUCAUGGAGGACUUCAUUCAUAAUGAAAUAAGGGAAGAGAGGGCAUUCAUGGUUACAUUUCAGCGAGACACAAUGGAUGUUAAUUGUAGUUGUUUGCUUUUUGAGUUUAGGGGCAUUAUAUGUAGACAUUGUGUUUGUGUUUUGGCCCAAGAGCGAGUGAUACAGGUUCCAGCUAAGUACAUACUCACAAGAUGGUGUAAAAGUGUCCGCAGAAAGCACACGUAUAUUAGAGCAACAUACAACAACAAGGAAAAGGACCCACAUAUUGAACGGUAUGAUGAGUUAAUGAAGACUUUUGGAAAUAUUGCUGAGAUUGCUUGUGACUCAGUACAUGACAUAAUUAUUGGUUGA